UCUGCUUUUCUAUUUUUUAGUUUCUAUUCGGUGUCGAGGACUAUCUGAUCGUGGAGUUAUGUUGAAAAGAUUUUCGAGUAUCUACGCAGUAGUUCUAAUUUUUUAUUUUUCAGAUUUCAACCAAGCUUUUGUACAGAAUGACACGUGCCAAUGCGGCCAGCGACCACUUUUCCAAGAGCGCAUCGUGAAUGGCAGAUUGGCAUCACCCGAUGCAUAUCCUUGGCAGGCAGGAAUUGUCGAUUAUACAGGUUACGUUAUGUGCGGAGGAUCCGUAAUUACUCAUAAGCACAUUCUCUCUGCCGCACAUUGCUUCACAAUGGGAGGUGAGAUGAAUGACUGGAAAGUCCUUUUGGGUGUAGUAGAUUUUAGAGAACCAAGUGGUUUGCUGCUCGAUUUCGACGACCUUGAUAUCCACCCCGAGUAUGAAAUGAAUAAGGGCGUCAGCUGGAAUGAUAUAUCUGUUAUCACAGUAAAUGGAGAAAUUCCUUUCAAUGGUCACAUCGAACCAAUUUGUCUGGUAGAAAGUGAUCCCCCCACUGAUUUUGCCGGAAAAACAGCUUACAUCCUUGGUUGGGGUAGAGUGGAGUUUGACGGGGGUUAUCCUGAUAAUCUGCGAGAAGGAUCAGUUACCGUUUAUUCCGAUUGGAAAUGUAAGAAUGGGGCAAUGCGUGGAUAUUACGUCUCACGAAUGAUGAUGUGCACAUCCUCGUAUCCUGAAGACUCAUGUGGGGGUGAUAGUGGCGGACCGCUUUUGGUGGAAGUGGAUUCAUCGUACUUUAUGCAAAUUGGAAUUGUGUCCUUCGGUUUCAGAUGUGCUGUCCCCAAUUCGGCCGGGGUUUAUACAAGAGUAUCAACAUAUAUCGAGUGGAUUAAAAGUAUCACGAAGGAAGCAGUAACUUGUGCGGAGCCAGUAUGAAUUAUUUGAAUUUAAAAGAUGGCUAACAAUCAUACUCCAGAUUCAACAAUGGUGAAAUCUUUGUUUUGUUACCUUUCAUAGAAUAUAGUUUGCUUUCAUGCAGGA